GUGUCUUUAAUUAAAGGUUGGGUAGGGAGAGAGAGAGAGAGAGAGUGAGAGAGAGAGAGGAACGAUCUCGGAGCGACAGACAGAGAGAAGAAAAGAGAGAGCGAGAGAGGUUGAGUGAGUGAGUGAGUGAAUGAGUAAGUGAGAAACACAUUUAGGCUACUUCCAAAUAAGCGUUUCACUAAACGGAUCAGAAAUGACUAGUCAAUUCGAAGAAGAUAUCCACGACCGGGGAGACAGUAAGAGUAAACCGCCCACUCUGCUCUCCUCCUACUGCAUCGACAGUAUUCUGGGCCGACCGAGCCCCUGUAAAGUCAGGCUGAUAGGGGCGCAAAGUUUGACAGCUCUACCCGGGAGACAGGAGGACGACAAGCAGACCGAAGGCUCAACUAAAGACCACCUAUCAACAGACACAGACAUGCACCUUCCACCAAAGCUGCGCCGUCUCUACGGACCAGGCGGGAAGUACCUGGACCACGGACGGGUUUUAGUUCACGACCUCGAGGAAAAAUUGGAUAGGGAAAGGCUUCUGGUGGACCAAGCCUGCGAGAGUCUCAAAAUCAACCAGGCUCCACAGGUGAGCAUCAGCCGGAGCAAGUCAUACCGGGAGAACGCGUCCCUAAGCCGGGGAGAGGGAGGUCAGAGCCCCGCUGGUGUGCCGGAGGAUGGACCUGGGCUGAGACUAGGGCUGAUGAAGUUCGAGGACGCGGGGAAAGAAGAGGAGAGCUGUGGGGAGGCGAUGGGUCUCUUCCCGAAGGACGAGGAGAGGGAGAGCAUCCACGCCGGGGAUGGAGACGUGAGGGACGGCGAAGACAGCGUGUGUCUGUCGGCAGGCAGUGACUCGGACGAAGGGAUGCUAAAACGCAAGCAAAGAAGAUACAGGACUACAUUCACCAGCUAUCAGCUGGAGGAGCUGGAGAAGGCUUUCCGGAAGACACACUACCCCGACGUCUUCACCAGAGAGGAGCUUGCGAUGCGGUUGGAUCUGACCGAGGCGCGCGUGCAAGUGUGGUUUCAGAAUCGUCGUGCUAAGUGGCGUAAGCGUGAGAAGGCAGGUGUCCAGACACACCCCUCUGGACUCCCUUUCCCUGGCCCCCUGUCAGCCGCCCACCCCCUCAGCCACUACCUGGAUGGGGGUCCCUUCUCCACACACCACCACCCCGCCCUGGAGUCUGCCUGGACCGCCGCAUUUCCUGGUCUAGCUCCUCACCAUAGCAACCACACGGCCCAGCACCAAGGGACACCGCUGGGCCUUGGAACAUUCCUGGGUGCAGCUGCCAUGUUCCGUCACCCCACCUUCAUCGGGCCCACCUUCGGCAGGCUCUUCUCCAGUAUGGGCCCUCUGACCAGUGCUUCCACCGCCGCCGCACUCCUCCGCCAGCCUGCCCCGUCCAUCAAGACUCCCUCCAUCCCUCCCCCGGUCCUCUCCGACCCUUCCUCCUCCCCAUCGCCCUCCUCCUCGGCUGCAGCGGACCGCAGGGCCUCCAGUAUUGCAGCUCUGAGGCUGAAGGCUAAAGAGCACUCUGCCCAGAUCACCCAGAUCCACAUCCUGCCCAGCGGAGCUCCAGGGAAGGAGGUGUGCUGAACCUUUUGUCCCUCACCUGUCCCCCUCUUACCUCUCAUACCUCUGGAGUGGUGUGGUGGGUGGAUCCAACCCUAACCUCUAACCUCUGACCCCAUAAACUCUGAUCUUCUAACUGCCCCACCCCCACCCCAACCCUUCCCCAUACCUCUUAGCCCCAAACAAAAAGCACAACCAAAUUCAAAGAGCACUGGCAAACCCGGAGGGCUGUUUGUGUGUGUGUGUGUGUGUGUGUGUGUGU